GUACUCGUAUAAAUAUCAUCACUUCCAACUCUUCAGACAUCAGACGCUUCACAGCUAAACAUCCAACAAGAUGAAAACCUUCUGCCUGACCCUCGCUUUGUGUGCCUGCCUGGCAGCCGCCGAUGUGUCCCAUCUGCAGCCCAGCAGCAGCUACCUUCCUCCUGCUCGUCCAGAGCACGCAGUGUCCAUGAGCAUUGAGCCACAGGAGCUGCGUGAGCUGCCCGAACAGGUGGAGUACAUGCGUCCCAAUGAACAGGGUCAGAUGGAGGCAAUGCCCAGCAGUCUGCUAACUCCUCCCGAACCAGUGAAUCAGGAAGAAGCACUGCCCUCCACUCGCUACCUGCCCCCUGCACCCGUUCCAGUCCAAAUGGAUGCCGAGCCCAUGAUGAUGCCCCAGAUGGAGAUGAUUGCUCCCGAAGAAACUAUCGUGGAGAAGAUCCAGCAGCAGCCCGAGCCUGCUAAUCGCUACCUGCCCCCUGCCCCAGCUGCCGAGCAGCAGUUGACCUACCAGCAAUACCAGGAGCAGAUGCAGCAGUUCCAGAUGCAAGAACAGCAGCAGGAUCAGCCCCAGGAGCAACCAGCUGAGGAAGAGCAGCAGAUGCCCUACAUUCUGGAUGUCCAGCAGCCCAUGGCUCCAUCCGAUGUAGAGACUCAAGAGCAAUUGGAACCCGAGCCCGCCCACGAACUUCGUGCCGAUGGCUAUCACUACAAGCAGGCCGAUGAGCAGCAUCGUCUGCGACAUUAAGUCACCCAAAAUUGAGUCACCGGAUGACGACAUUGAGUCAUCUGAUUCUGCGUCAUCCGAUUGUUGUUAAAUGUUUAGCUUAGUUCUUAGAGAACCGAUUAAAUUUCGACUUUGAAGAGUAGUCGUCUUUGAUUAUC